GUUUACAAAGGAAUGACGUCACAUGGCGCAUGCGUAGUCCUUCCUAGUUUGGCUUGCUAACUUUUCUGGACGACCUACACGAAGGUGCAGUCUAAAAAUGUACAAAAUACUUACCAUUUUGGGAGUUGCUCUGGCAGCAUUUUUAUUUUUUGAAUUUGGAAAUGCCAUCCAGUGUUACCAGUGUAAUUCCUAUUUCCAGCAGGACUGUGCUGAUUACUUUAACAACCACUCACAUGCCCUCGUAGACUGUGGUGAAAAUGUUACUAUGUGUAGGAAAAUUGUCCAGGAAGUAUAUUACAACGAUGAAUGGAAUGUGCGUUACAUCCGUCAGUGCGCUCCAAGUGGAGAAAUCGGGGACGACGAAGGCCGAGUCUGCAAGGAGAGAACUGGAACGUACCGAGUCAAGAUGAAGUACUGUCACUGUGGAAACCAGAAGGGAUGCAACAGCGCCACCAGCAUACAGUUGUCUCUUCUGAUGAUGCUCCUUCCAGUCGUAGCUGCCAUUAAAUCUCAAUUUUCACAUCUCUUAUGAAAACUGUGUUAAGUUUUUAGAUAUUUUAAAAAAGUAAACAAAUAACUAAUAAACAAAUAACAUUUUAAAAAUGAACCAAAAAUAUGGCAAAUCUACAAAUGAUUAAGGUCUAUGCAAAAUUGUGUUUGGCAAUUCAAUUUUGAAAAAUAGAAAGAGAACAUUUGAGAAAAACUAGUAUGCAUUUGUAUUUAAGAUGGAAAAAAAAUUAUUUUAAUGUUUCCAAUUUAUCCUGGAAGAAUCUCAUUUGAUCAUCAUCAUAUGUAUCAUUUCUUUUUGCCGAAAUAUUUGUAAAACAAAAACUUGAAAAAUGUUAUCAGAAUAAUAUCACUAAUCAAGGUAUUGAGCAAAAGUUGCAUAAAAUGUAUUGUUUAAUAAUGGCAUACAGUAAUUCCUACCAAAAUGAAGCUUCUUUAAUUGAUUUUCAUAGAUAUGUUAUAUUUACAACUACACCAAUGCUUGUAUCCUCAUGUUAGAUUUUAGAUUUCACAAUUUUUAACAUUUGAUAAAAUUUGUGCAAUGUUUUUCCACCUUGUUUUUAUUAGGAUUUGUUUUGAAGCAUGGUCAGCAUGCUGGUUGAUGUAGAUAACAAUAGUAUGUGUUUGUAAUUCAUGUUGAUAGCUACUUGUACAUGUGUGACACUUAAAAUUCGUACACAUGAUGUAAAUACUCCCUCAACCUGUCAUCCUAACAUCUAAUGUGUACAGAGGCAAUAUCACCAGAUAGAGAGUGCAGUUUGUACCUUUAGCUAUGAACAUGAAUUAUUCCACUAGAGAUAUCACCUUGAAUGAUUUUUCUUUUAACAUGUUGAAUUUUGAGAUGGACAUGUAAUGGCUUUGAAUUAGAUGGUGCAGUAUAAAGAAGUUAAUGGCUCUUUGACAGUCGGAGAAUGCAUUUUUUUUAAGUCAACAAUUUGCAAAGCAAAGUACACAAUCUGUAAACGAGAGUAGAUGUGAAGUGUGAAAGGAUUAGAUGCUUUAUAUUAAAUAAAUCAUACCUGGGUGAUAAUUUACAUAUGAUUUACAUAUUCGUUGCAAAAAAAUUAUUUUUCAAUUAUUUUUUCAGUGACCUCUUUAUUUUUUCAAUUACUUGAUAUAAUCUUCAUUAUCAGUUGUACACAAAUUUUUAAUAUUGUAAUUUUCUAAGUUAUCAUUCCAUUUUUAUUUUGAGGGUUGUGUAUAAAAGUGUUGUGAUAAGCAUCUAUUGGCUUACAUAACCAUUCCAGAUUAGUUGUUUAUUUUCAUUUUCUACAAUUGCAGAACUUAAAUGCACUAAUUAUCAAGAUUUGUUCAAUGGCAGGUAUUGAUAUUUUGUUAAACACGAAUUCAAGGACUUGUACAUUUAGUCAGAUUUCUUAAUAAAUUUUUAAUUUUU